AAGGAUCUUUUGAAUAUCUCAAAGCUCCAUUAUCGUUGUCUUCACUUUUUCAGCUGCUUCAGUAGCUCUCUCUCUCUCUCUCUUUCUACUUCGCCGGAGAGCAGCGGGCACCGGUGGUUGCAACAAUGGCGAGCGGGGGAGGCUACGGCGACGCGAGCCAGAAGAUAGACUACGUAUUCAAGGUGGUGCUGAUUGGGGACUCCGCCGUCGGGAAGUCUCAGAUACUGUCCCGAUUCGCGAGGAACGAGUUCAGCUUGGACUCCAAGGCCACCAUCGGCGUCGAGUUCCAGACCCGGACCCUAGUCAUCGACCACAAGAGCGUCAAGGCUCAGAUCUGGGACACUGCUGGUCAGGAAAGAUACAGAGCUGUCACCAGUGCAUACUACAGAGGUGCUGUCGGGGCAAUGCUUGUAUACGACAUAACAAAACGCCAGACCUUCGACCACAUACCCCGCUGGCUAGAAGAGCUCCGGAGCCACGCAGAUAAGAACAUCGUGAUUAUUUUGAUCGGCAACAAAACCGAUCUCGAAGACCAGCGAGCUGUCCCAACUGAAGAUGCCAAGGAAUUCGCUGAGAAGGAAGGGCUCUUCUUCCUGGAGACAUCUGCCUUGGAAGCUACCAAUGUCGAGACAGCCUUCUUGACUGUGUUGACUGAGAUCUUCAACAUUGUGAACAAGAAGAACCUAGUUGCAGACGAGAGUCAAGGCAAUGGUAACCCGGCCUCGUUGUCGGGCAAGAAGAUCGUCGUCCCUGGUCCUGCACAAGUAAUCCCUGCUAAGAGCAACACUUGCUGUAGAUCGUCUUGAAUUGAUUGUUAGAUGGAAGAGGAGUAUUGGGCUCUAGAAUUGGCUGGAUGUAUUAGGUCCUGAAUAGGAAUUUUUGAUACGAGAUUGCAAUUUCACUGUAUAUCAGAUAUGAUAACUCUAGAUAUUACGCACUAGAUCCCGGAUCGAUCUGUUAAGGUUAUUCUUUGUUGUGUUUGCUAUCAUAUAUAUAUUUUAUAUUUUUCUGAUCUUA